UCUCUGCGGAUUUUAGAUCUGGGCCGCUGAUCGUUAUAUAUGUGUUGAAUUGUCUGAGGAAAUUGUUACAAAUUCAAGCAGCUCAACACAUCAUCCUUGCAUGCAGUUGUUGCGUCGAUUUAGUUUCAGUAAGUGAGAACUUAAGACUGAUACAGCCGAUGAUCACAGGAAGAAUAACAAACUCAACAUGGAAACACCACUACAGCUACAAGAAAAUAAAAAAGAGCAAACAAGUUCAUACGACAAGAUACCAAAAGAUGAAAGCUUGAAAAGCCUUCUUGGAACAGCGAACGAAGAAGGCAAUCGCUCUCGUCGUUUUGAUAUCAAUGACUGGAGAAUUCUAGCGAUAAUUGUUUCCUUUGUUUCUAUGUUUGUUAUCCUUGUCCUUGGCGUGGCUGGUUUAAUCACUUCUGAGAUUUCUGGCAGCUCAGCUGAACUGGCCUUUGCUUUCGACGCGCUCCUUGGCAUUGCGUCUUCGGGCUGUGUGGUAUGGCGGUUCUACAAAGAAUUUGCUCCCUGUGAAAUACCAGGAAAAGAGAAAAAGGCAUGUCUUUUCAUCGCUAUCGGUUUUAUAUUGUCAGCAAUGGUCAUGUUCGCUCGUGCAAUACAUUGCCUCGUUUAUAAAGUCGAGCCUUUGGAAACUGUAACCGUUAUAAUAAUCUCAACUCUGGGAUCCCUGUGCUAUGCGCUUUUGUUCUUUGUGAAGUUUAAAGUGGCUCAGAAGCUUCAAAGCGUUGCCAUGAGAACCGAUAGCUAUGACUCUGCUACUGGUGCUUUGAUGGCCCUCGGUGUUCUGGUCAGCGUCGUCAUCUACAAACUUGAACCAGGAACGUGGUGGAUCGAUCCUGUUAUCGCCCUUAUUAUUGCCAUGACAACGUUUACCUAUGGGGUCAUUGUGCUGGUCAAGGUUACUUUGAAUAAAGGAUUCGGAGAACCUGAAGAAUAUCAACAAUUUUGACCUUAAUAGUAUAGAAGUAUAGUAAUUAUGAAUUUAAAGAGAAAAAAAUAAAACUGACUUGAACAGAAACCAUAAUCAAAUAAGCACACUUUACAUAAUGUAAACAUCUGAAAUAUGUUUGUAAAACCUUUAAGUAUGUAAUGGUGUGAUGAAAAAAAAUAAAGGAAAAUAAUCUAACGCGAAAUGUACGGGAUCCCUGUGGUUUUUAGGGAUAUCAAGAUGGCGGCCGUUUGGUGGUUGAUGAUGGCGAAAUUCAAAUACAAAUCUU